CCACUCAUUAUCGACUAACUAUAUUAUAAUUGUGCCUAACUGCCUAUAUUAAAAUAAUAAAAAAAGGGCACUAAAUUCUUUAUCACACACGGCCCAAUAUACAUGUGAUGCAAAUCAUAUACAUAAACUGGCAGCAUGUAGUGGCAACAUAAAGAUUGACAAACAUUAUAAGACGUGGGAAAGAAGGGAAGCUCAUCUCUGAGGAGAAUCAACAGUGUUCAUUUCCAUUUCUGCCUCUUGAGACUGUGUUCUGUCACCAAGCUUCUCUUUCUCUCUUGCAAUCUGAAUGUCACUAGGAAAGAGGUACUGAACAAAUGCUUUUAACAUGAAUCGUGGAAUUAAAGCGGCUACAAUGAUACUAGCCAAGCACAACCAAAACGGCGCGUCUCCUGCAAUGUGGAAGAUGGCCCUGCAAAUUUAUGCGCGAGAAGUUGACGGUUUCAGUUUGUGGUAUUCAUGCUUUGCUAGGAACAGGAACGGAGUUGGUAUUUUGGUGGCUCCGAAGCUGCAAGAGACUGUUGUGGAGGUGAAGAAGAUCAGUGAUCAGUUCAUAACCAUCAAACUAGUCUUUGGUGGACGUGCGAUCAAUGUCAUGAGUGCCUAUGCCUCUCAUGUUGGUUUGGAGGAUGAAGUUAAGAGGGAAGUCAGGGAAUCGCUGGAUGGGGUGAUAGGUGGUUUUCCACAGACUGAGAAAGUCAUCAUUGGAGGCGACUUCAAUGGCCAUAUUGGAGACUCGGUCGAGACCUUUCGAAGAGAUGAACGGUGGGACGGGAGGGUUCGAAUCGAGAAGUUCAACGGUACUGAUUUUGCAUGGUGGAAAAUGCAAAUAGAGGCGUUGCUUGGUGAGUGCGAUUUGGACAUGGUACUGGAAGAGAAACCGGAUGGAAUGGAUAAGGCUGCUGAAGCAAUUUGGGACUCAAAGGACAAAAAGGCAAGAGGUAAAAUUACACUAGCUUUGACGAGGAGUGUGGCGUUUAAUAUCAUGAAGGAAACAACUGCUCGUGGUAUGUUAACAGCUCUGUCAAAUAUAGGCCAGGCCAUUCACCUCUUCCGGAGGUUGAUGGAAGAGUAUAGGGCCAAGAAGAAGGAUCUCGAUAUGAUAUUUUUAUUUCCUGAGAAGGCAUACAAUAGGGUGCCAAGAGAGGUUUUGUGGAGGUGUCUUGAGUCAAGAGGAGUCCCAAUCACAUACAUCCGCGUGGUCAGGGAUAUGUACAGCAGGGAAAAGACUAGGGUAAAGUCCAUCGGGAGUUACUCUAAGCCUUUCUUCGUAAAGGUGAGGUUGCACCAGGGGUCUGCCCAUAGCCCUUUCUUGCAUGCCCUAGUGAUGAACGUCCUGGUGCGGGGAGUUCAAGGUGAGGUUCUGUGGUUCAUGCCUGAGUUUAUUAAUGAAACCUGCGAGGGAAUAAACAAUAAGUUGAAACUUUGGAUCCUUUCCAUGGAAUCCAAAGGACUCGGAUUGUGUAGGACCAAGACUGAAUACAUGAAUCUCGUUUGAAUGGACGGAAGGCAGAAUCAGGGGUGAAAGUUAGGAUUGAUGCUAACCUAGUGCCCAACGUAGACAAGUUUUGGCAUCUUGGCUCGGUCAUUCAAGCGAAUGGAGAGUUGGACGAGGAUGUUGUGCAUUGUGUUGGAGAAGCUUGGGCUAAGUGGAGGAUGGCUUCAAAAUGUUGUGCGAUAAGAAGAUUUUGGCUGGGAUGAAAAGUAAGUUCUACUGGUCUGUAGUCAGACCAGCUAUGUUGCAUGGGGUGGAGUGCUGGGCGAUUAAGAAAACUCACGUUCGUUG